GGACAGUGCGCAUCACGGAGCUUGUGGCCCAGACUGUGCUUGGCAGACCCAGAGGACCUAAGGCUUGGCUCUAGUGGUGGUCAGCACAGCCCUCCUCAGUGGUCUGCGGAGCCUGAUAUUGCUUUACACUCCCUGGUGCCUUGCUCCAACUGGAAGGUUAUGGGGCCCACGCGUGUUCCCAGGAGAACCGUGCUCUUCCAGCGGGAAAGGACAGGCCUGACCUACCGUGUGCCUGCGUUGCUCUGUGUGCCUCCCAGGCCUACUCUGCUGGCCUUCGCGGAACAGCGACUUAGCCCUGAUGAUUCCCAUGCCCACCGCCUGGUGCUACGGAGGGGCACGCUGACCAGGGGCUCAGUGCGGUGGAGCGCUCUGAGUGUACUGGAGACUGCAGUACUGGAGGAGCACAGGUCUAUGAACCCUUGCCCGGUGCUGGAUGAGCACUCCGGUACCAUCUUCCUCUUCUUCAUUGCCGUGCUGGGCCACACACCGGAGGCCGUGCAAAUCGCUACUGGCAAGAACGCUGCUCGCCUCUGCUGUGUGACCAGCUGUGAUGCUGGCCUCACCUGGGGCAGUGUGCGAGAUCUCACUGAGGAAGCCAUUGGUGCUGCAUUGCAGGACUGGGCCACCUUUGCUGUGGGUCCAGGCCAUGGAGUUCAGCUGCGCUCAGGUCGCCUGCUUGUUCCUGCUUACACCUAUCAUGUGGACCGAAGGGAAUGUUUUGGCAAAAUCUGCUGGACCAGUCCCCACUCCUUGGCUUUCUACAGUGAUGAUCAUGGGAUCUCCUGGCAUUGUGGAGGCCUUGUGCCCAACCUACGCUCUGGAGAGUGCCAACUGGCUGCGGUGGAUGGAGACUUUCUCUACUGUAAUGCUCGAAGCCCUCUGGGUAACCGUGUGCAGGCACUUAGUGCUGAUGAAGGCACUUCCUUCCUACCAGGGGAACUGGUGCCUACAUUGGCAGAGACGGCUCGUGGCUGCCAGGGUAGCAUUGUGGGCUUCCGAGCUCCACCCUCCAUCGAGCCUCAGGAUGACUGGUGGCCAGGGAGUCCUAGGAACACCCCACAUUCCCCAUGCUUCAAUAUCAGAGUACAGGAGUCUUCAGGGGAAGGUGCCAGAGGUCUUCUUGAACGUUGGGUGCCCAGGUUGCCUCUCUGCUACCCACAGUCCCGGAGCCUAGAGAAUCAUGGCCUAGAGCCCGGGCCAGAUGGAGAUAAGACAUCUUGGACUCCAGAAUGUCCCAUGGCCUCUGAUUCCAUGCUUCAGAGCCCCACAUGGCUGCUGUAUUCCCACCCAGCAGGGCGUAGAGCUCGGCUCCACAUGGGAAUCUACCUGAGCCGAUCCCCCUUGGACCCCCACAGCUGGACAGAGCCCUGGGUGAUCUAUGAGGGCCCCAGUGGCUACUCUGACCUUGCCUUUCUUGGGCCUAUGCCUGGGGCAUCUCUGGCUUUUGCCUGUCUGUUUGAGAGCGGGACCAGGGCUUCCUAUGAAGACAUUUCUUUUUGCUUGUUCUCACUGGCAGAUGUCCUGGAGAAUGUGCCCACUGGCUUAGAGAUGCCAAGUCUCAGGGAUAAGUCUCAGGGGCAUUGCUGGCCCUCUUGAUGGCCUGGCCCUCUGGUAGGUGCCUGGAGAGGAAGGGUAGUCUAUAUAGAGGAGGUUAGGGGUAGGUCAGCAUGAUGCUAGGAUGGAGAGAGCUCUGUCCCCUUGUGGAUGGUAGUGGUGACUCACCCGGGAGCCAGCUGCUUUCUGAGUGCAAAUGAGAAAUAAAGAGGCUGCGCUGUGACUUUUCUUUCCACACCAAAACUUGGCUGCCAGUGCUUUAGCUCACUGCUCUGAUCACCAUGCAAAUCUUCCACUGGUGCCUUGCUCAGCUUUCAUAUCCUAAGGGUUCCUGGGAGGAAGGCAACAGGGACAGUGGAUAUCACUGCACCGCUUUCCAUGACCCUGUGUGCCAACCUCAGCCAAUUUGAAACAUGCUGAUGACUGAGGUCUGUUCACUUUCUGAAUUUCAAGGAGGAGAAGCAGGAUGGGGAGCCAGUCUCCCCAGCUAGAGGGGACAGAACUUGACUUGAGCAAGGGGUACCUCCUAGGACCUGCUCCAUGUGCCUACUUCUUUACCCUUCUCUAGAGAGGGCUCUUGUCCUGUCAAGAGCUGUUUUCUCUGUUCUCUUGCUUUUUUCUUUUUCAAGACAGUGUUUCUCUGUGU